CCGGUGGGUCUCUGCUGCUCUUGGUUUUCAAGAAACCCAUCGCCUCGUCUCUCUAUAAUUGACCCCCCACCUAGAAAAGUUGUCAUCUUCAUCGCCGACUUUCCGAGAAAAACCAAUCCUUUCUCGAGAAAAGCUUCCAUGGGGAGGAAAGGGCUGUUCGAUCUCGAGAAGCAUUUCGCCUUCUAUGGGGCGUACCACAGCAACCCGGUCAACAUCCUGAUCCACACCGUGUUCGUCUGGCCGAUCUUCUUCACUUCCCUCGUCCUCUUCUACUUCACUCCCUCGAUCUGCGAGCUGUUGAGCUUUCAGCCCCAGUGUUUCUUGGCGAGACACGGCCUGUUCUUGAAUCUGGGCUUCUUUUUCGCUCUCCUGUACGCGGUGUUCUAUGUGUGCAUGGACAUAAAGGCGGGUUCUUUGGCGGGUUUGCUGUGUAUGGUGUGCUGGGUUGGGGCCAGUUGGCUCGCUAGGCAUCUUGGUUUCUCCCUGGCUUGGAAGGUUGUUCUUGCGGCUCAAUUAGUCUGCUGGACAGGUCAAUUCCUCGGACAUGGCGUAUUUGAGAAACGAGCGCCAGCUCUCUUGGACAAUCUUGUACAAGCCUUUCUAAUGGCUCCUUUCUUUGUUUUGCUUGAGGUUCUUCAAACUGUCUUUGAAUAUGAACCAUACCCAGGGUUUCAUGCUAGUGUAAAAAAGAGAAUAGACGCCGACAUCGCGGAUUGGAAGGAAAAGAAAGAGAAGAAGAUGUCCUGAUUGCGAUGGUGAUGUUCAAAUGUUAUUACUUGUAUGCAACACUGUAAUCAAGUUUGAGCUUUGGACUUCUCCAGGAUUUGUCCAAUUAAUGAUGUACAUUACAAAUAAUCAAGACUCUUUCACCUUAUUUCUCGACUAU